AUGAUUGCCAAGGUUCGAGCAACUCCUGCCCCGAAGCCAGACCGGUUAGAGAUACUGGUUAGCUUUGGAUUGGUAGUUCAAAAUCUGUGCGGACACCUGAAAGCAGUUGGGUUACAAAAUCAUCUCGCUAAUCCGAUUCUACUCCAAGAGCUUGUGGAUAAGCUGCCAGCAACGAUCAAAUUUAGCUGGGCGCUUUACCAGGAACAAGUUCCAGUAGUUGAUUUGAACGUAUUCAGUGCCUACAUGGCGAAAAUAUCAUCGGCGGCGAGUGGCGUAACACAGCAUACAACUAUUACGUCGAAAAUGAAUAAAGAUGAACGAAUUCGACAAAAAGAGAGAUCGUAUCUCAACACACACGUGUCUAUGGAUCAAUGGAAACCAAAUCGCAAAAACGAAGAGGUGACCUCAGAUAACGGUAGUAGAAGGCAAAAAGAAAGUGGUACCGGUACAGCUGGUAGCAAAUUUUGUUUUGUUUGCAAAGUCGAUAGUCACCAAGUCGAAAGCUGCGCAUCAUUCAAAGGGUUGAAUUUGUAUGGUAGGUGGAAAGCGGUGAAGGUGAACAAACUUUGUGCUCGCUGCCUUACAUCACAUGCACGGUGGCCGUGCAAAGAGGAAAUCUGUGGAAUCAACGACUGCCCUAAGCGACACCACCGUUUACUCCAUUUUGAUCCACCUACUGCGUUUAAGAACACUGAUGCGGUAGUAGCAGUUCAUCGUCAGUUGUCGUCAUCAACACUCUUCCGCAUCCUACCGGUUACAUUAUUCGGUAAAAAUGGGCAAUUUAACACCUACGCAUUCCUCGACGAUGGGUCGUCGGUAACUCUCGUAGAGCGGUCGAUCGCAAACGCCCUAGGGGUCAGCGGGGAAAUGGAAACAUUACACAUCGAAUGGACUGGAGGCAUUAAUAAGACCAUUGCUGGAGCAGAAGUUGUAACGAUGGAGAUAUCCGAGGCUGGUGGAAGCAAACGGUACAAGCUAUCAGAAGUGUACACAGUCGACAAUCUCGGCUUACCGCAACAGACAACGGACUACGCUGAGCUCGCUGCACGAUAUACGCAUCUCGAGAAACUUCCAGUGAAGAGCUUUAAGUCAGCCAUACCAGGUAUCCUGAUCGGACAGAGCAACUGUCAUCUACUUGCUACAUUGAAAUUGCGGGAAGGCAAAUUGAACGAGCCGGUUGCAACAAAGACCAGAAUCGGAUGGGCAGUUUGUGGUAGUUUACGGAGUUCACAGACAAGUGAUGUGCACAAACAACUUCACAUGUAUGCGGUGCCAACGACUGUUGAUCUCCACGAGUACGUUCAGCGCUUCUUCGACAUCGAGAGUUUGGGCGUAGCUGUUGUACCAGCCGUAAAGGGGGCUGAAAAAGAUCGAGCAUAUAAAAUACUAAAAGAAACUACGCGACGUACCAGCAGUGGGAAAUUCGAGAUUGGUCUAAUUUGGAGGUACGAUUACAUAGAGUUUCCUGAUAACCGGCCGAUGGCAGAACGACGCUUCAGGUGCCUCGAAAAACGUUUGGCUAGGAAUCCAGAGCUUUACGACAGCGUACGACAACAAAUAGUUGACGGAGUAUCGCUGAACUCUAUAUUGCUUAAGGGUCCGGAUCUUCUGACGCCGUUAUUGUCCGUGUUGUUUCCAUAUCGGGAGCGUGAAGUGGCAGUGUCAGCUGAUGUUAGAGAAAUGUUUCUACAGAUGUUGGUUCGGGCACAAGAUCGCAGUGCAUUGUUGUUCCCGUAUGGAGAUUCUCCAGAGCUGCCACUGAAGACCAUGGUGUCCAAUGUUGCGAUAUUCGGAGCAGCCUGUUCCCCAUCACAUUCGCAGUACGUGAAAAAUUUGAACGCGACCGAACAAGAAGCAGAACUUCCACGAGGAGCGGCAGCAGUGAAAAAGCGGCAUUACGUGGACGAUUACGUAGAUAGCUUUGACACAGCUGGGGAAGACUUUAAGGUGACGCAAGAGGUAAUCGAGGUCCACAAACGAGCGGGAUUCCAUAUCCGCAAUUGGAUGUCGAAUGACCGGAGCGUACUAGAGAAGCUAGGGGAAGAGAACCUAAAAUCAUCAAAGCCCAUGCUACCGGAGAAGGACAUUGGGUUUGAACGAGUGUUGGGGAUGGCGUGGAUACAAGAAAAAGAUGUUUUCGUGUUUUCGUUGCAGUUUUGCGAAAAAAUGAGAACCCUACUGGAAGGUACCGUGAUCCCAACAAAAAGGGAAAUGCUCCGGCUAGUCAUGAACAUCUACGAUCCCCUUGGAUUGGUGGCAUCGUUUGUCAUCCAUGGGAAAAUCCUUAUCCAAGAAGUUUGGCGAACUGACACGGAUUGGGACUCCAACAUUCCAAUGGAGAUUGCAACUCGUUGGAUGGAAUGGUUGGCAACACUGAGGAACAUGACCGGAUUGCGUAUUCCCCGGUGCUAUUUUCCUGGAUAUGAUCCAGAAAGCUUCGAUAGUCUUGAGUUGCACGUGUUCGUGGACGCCAGCGCCCAGGCUUAUGCAGCAGUAGCGUACUUUCGCAUCUCAGAUCGGAGGCAGAUCAGGGUGGCUCUUGUUGCGUCCAAAACGAAGGUCGCACCACUUAGAGGAGUUUCGAUUCCUCGUUUAGAGUUGAUGGCAGCGUUACUUGGAGCUCGCUUGCGGAAAACGAUCGAGGAGAAUCACUCGAUAAAGGUGAAGAAAACCUGUUUUUGGAGCGACUCAUCGACGAAGAUCAAAUCGGAAAUUCUGAACGAGCUGAAAAGCGAACUACGCAUGAAUUUUACCGCCCUGAUCAACUCCAAUUCACUUACACCGAAAUCGUCAACAUGCCCUGCGUACACUGCUGGAUCGAUACGCAGUCGACGUCUGUUUCCAGAACAAAAAGCCACUGAACGCCAGCAAAAUGAUCUGAUGCAUGGAACUGCAUCCUCAUUAUCUCCAUCGUUUGAUAACUUCGCUGCACCUGCUCCCAAGCAGAAGUUUUGGCUUUACCUAUCCCGCAUUUCUUGCAAUGUCACCGUGGAACUAGUUCAUGAGUUGACCAUACAAAGAUUAGGAACAAACGAUAUCGAAGUGUUCAGACUCGUCGCCAAGGGAAAAGAUGUUAGCAGUAUGUCAUUCAUCUAG